UUCAGUGCUGUGCCACACCAAGGACUUAUAGAAACAAUGAGAAAAGGUUUCUGUUGUCUCUCUAUUCUUUUUUUUGUUAUUUGAUAUUUUAUGUUGAAAUGAAGACCUGUCCAACCCUAACCCAAGAAAUGAAUAAAAGGGAACAACUUUCAGCAAAGACGAUGCAGAACAUGUUUCAGGAGGGGUUGUACCAGGUUUUUUUUAAGGAGACUCCUCCAGCCAGCCCCUCCACUGAGACCAGUAACACUAAUAAUGAGGAGCUAACAAAUGUUAGGAUUCAUCGUUGGUUUGGGACUGUGGUAAACACGAGACUUUUAGUCACUGGGGUGAUUCAGGUCCUCAGCGCCUUGGCGAGCAUUUUGGCCACAGUGGGCCAUGCAUGUGUGUGUUACAGCUGUUCUGUUGUCAUGGUAACUCCAGUCUGGUCAAGCUUGACAUAUGCAGCUGCUGGGUGUCUGGCAGUGGAGGUUCAGAGGAAGGCUAGUAACAUAAAGAUCAUCAUUCUCAUGGCGCUGAACGUUUUCAGUCUGUUGUUUGGAUUUGCUGCUCUGCUGGCCAAUAGCCUGGCAUCUGUGGAAGCUGCAGACCUGAGCUCAUACCAGCAGCGGGCUGGUUCAAAUGUUAUGAAGGGGAGCUACAUUGUGUUCACUGCCCUGUGUUUUGUGGGAACAUUUUACAUCCUAUUUCUGUGCUGGAGAGGUCUGCGCCGAUACAGUUCUCGCAAUGUUAAGACCUACAUCCGCAUCUCACAGGAUCCAGAGGACACGAAUGGACUUCUGACAGAACAAGAAGACCUGAAUCUAUAAAAUUUGAUGUCAUGAAAUAUCUUUAAAUUCAUUUUAUGUGCAUGGCAUUUGUACACUAAGUUAUUGUUGCACUAUAUUCUUUGUACCAUCUGGACAUAAAAAAGCUAAUUUGAUGUAUAGACCGCUUCUCCGGGAUUCUAGAAGAAAUCACAAGAACUUUAAGCUUCAAAGCAAAUAAUUUCAUAACCUAUCUUUGAAUUUGGUAACAAAUUCAAAGUUAUGUGAAUUUGUUUGUUUUUGGGGUACAGCAAUAAUGUUCUUGGGUCAAUUUGACCCGGGUGUUUAAUCAUGCAAUAGUGUCAGAAACCAAAAUAUUCCUCCAAAAACACUUUUGUAUCUGAUUAUUAACUCCAAUACUAAUUAUUUCAAUCAAUAUCUGCACAAUGAUGUUUUCUUUUAUUUUUCACAAAUAAAGGAUCAAUGAUGGCAA